ACGGGAGUUUCUAAUUCGAUUUGGACCUGGAAAUCGGACUGCAAAGAGUUUGAAUUCGAAUUUAGUUAGAUCGUUGCGCGUGUGCUAAGCUAAAACGUCUGUCACUCGCUCACAAGGCGCAUAUUCCGGUCGCGCCGUGCACCAGGUUCUCGUGGACUUACUACUCUACUAACACAAUAGCUGUCAGUCGUCCGCGCUAAGUUUUACGAGGCUGGCACCAGUAGUUUGAGAACGUAACAAUGGCGACUCUUUUGAGAGGAUUGAGCCUGGCGGAGAGCCUAGUCAGCAAGAAUGCCUCCAAGACUCUUGGCAUUGCCAGUAAUAAAUGGAACCCACAGCAACAACAACAGCGCAACCUUAAUGUCCAUGAACAUAUCAGCUACACCUUGCUGAAGGAAGCUGGCAUUCAGGUGCCCAACUUUGGUGUUGCCAAAACUGCUGAAGAAGCAAAGAAAAUUGCAGACUCCCUCAAGACAAAUGACCUGAUUCUGAAGGCACAGGUCUUGGCUGGAGGCAGAGGCAAAGGUGCUUUCAAGAAUGGUUUCAAGGGAGGUGUCAAACCUGUUUACAGCCCACAGGAAGCACAUGAUAUAUCUAAAAAGAUGUUGGGUGAAUUGUUAGUUACCAAACAAACAGGUGAGAAGGGUAGGAUCUGCAACGCAGUAAUGGUUGCGGAACGCAAAUUCCCCAGGAAGGAGUUUUACUUCGCGGUGAUGAUGGAACGCGCGUUUAACGGACCAGUUAUUAUUGCGUCUUCCCAAGGUGGAGUGAACAUCGAGGAAGUUGCUGCCGAUAAUCCGAAAGCAAUUACGUACGAACCAAUCGACAUUAUGACUGGGUUGACCAAAGAGCAGGCUGAAGCUGUCGCUGAGCGUGUUGGGCUCGGCAGGGUUAAGGAACAGACCGGCGAUAUGCUCCUGAAGAUGUACGAUUUGUUCAUUAAGAAGGAUGCUCUGUUGAUUGAAAUCAACCCUUAUGCCGAAGAACAGAAUGAUAACUAUUAUUCACUUGAUGCUAAAUUCCGUUUCGAUGACAAUGCUGGCUUCCGUCAAAAGGAAAUCUUUGCUCUUCGCGAUUUUACCCAGGAAGAUGAGAAAGAAAUUGCUGCCUCUAAGUUCGAUCUCAACUACAUCGCUUUGGACGGCAACAUUGGUUGCAUGGUCAACGGCGCUGGUUUAGCCAUGGCAACGAUGGACAUUAUUUCGUUGCAUGGUGGUUCCCCGGCAAACUUCUUGGAUGUUGGUGGCGGUGCUACUGCGCAGGCUGUCAAGGAGGCUUUUAAAAUCAUCACCUCCGAUCCCAAGGUGUUGGCCAUUAUGGUUAACAUUUUCGGUGGCAUUAUGAGGUGCGAUGUUAUUGCUGAGGGUAUCAUCGCCGCGGCCAAAGAUCUCGAUCUGAAGAUGCCAAUUGUGUGCCGUCUGCAGGGCACCAACGUCGACGACGCCAAAGUGUUGAUUGCGAGCUCUGGUCUUAAGAUUCUUCCUGUCGACAAUCUUGACGAAGCCGCCCGUCUCGCCGUCAAGCUGUCGAACAUCGUGAGCAUGGCGCGUGACGCGCACCUCGACGUCAACUUCGAGAUGCCUUUGUAAACGUAUUCGAGAUUUUCGGAGCUGACGUACUCUCCAAUUCAAAAUUUUAGAACAAUUGAUAUGUGGAAACUUUUAUGUUACUAAUUUCUCUCAUGUAAACUGUAAUUUUAUUUUAUUUGCUGUGCCGCGAACAGUAUCACAACCGACGUGAGCCUAAUUAAUACGAACAGAAAAUAAAUUUUCAAAGAUCGAGUAACUGUUAUGUCGAGUCAAACUGGUUUUUGCGAAAGUACAAAGAUCUACGCGAGUUUAUUAUUGUGCACUAAUUGUUACUCAUUGUAUUUAUUGAAAUAAGAUAUUAAAUUAUUCCCAAGGA